AUCAAGGUUACCUGGACCCUCCCGGCCUAUCAGCUGUUUUCUAGUUUUCAUCAUCGAAACAGCUGAUUGUCAUUCGUGGCGUGUGGCUUACCACUUAGGCGCAACAAGCUAGAAAUAUAACAAAUGCACGAAUUGAGGUUUUCAACUUUUACUUACAAGAACAGAACGGUAGCUUUGCCUUAGAACGUCUGGGACAAUCUCCGUGAAUACAUGCAAAGCUAUUCAAUUAAAUAUCCAAAUUAAUACUAAAUCCCGAAAUCCUUAAGCAUGAUUGACAAUGGUUCUUUAGAAAAUGCACCAAUCCCUAAUUCUAAGUUAUGUGGUAGCAACCAAAGUCCUGGUGUUCUACAAUGUAUAUGCAGGUUCAUAUUGUCUCAGCAAUCCAAAAUCUAUGGCGGAUUAGUCGAAUAUAUAGAUGGAGCUAGUAUCGGGGCACCUAGAAUUAAUAAGAAUGAAGGGGAUAAAGUGUUUACCAAGGAUAAUUGUUGUGAUGACGUUCGACGAAGUUCUCAAUGCGAUAAAUUGACGCUAACCAUCGAAACACUUUUCGUCGGAGAAAACUGCUUAGAACACUGUGGAGAUAAUCAGCUUCCUGUUUAUGUUAUGGAGCAAUGGACAGUACAAGUUCUCCCUCAGAAUUCUAGAAAUAGGGGAAUCUCUAUUUCCGGUUGUCAGAUUGAGCUCUUGGACUACAUACAAACAUCCCCUUUAAUGGCUGCAAUCAAAGAACCAGGACGUCCUCGCAGAUAUAAGCUUACUCACAGAUCCUAUGUAUGCGAUCGUAUUUCCCACGUGGGUGACUCUUUUCUUAUGGAUGCAUCAGAUAUACUGAGUAUGGACUGUUUAAGUGACAGAAAUAAAAACAGUCAAGAUGAUGAUCAUGAUAGUAGUUCAGACUCAAAAAUAGUUCGUCAGAUGGAUGGUUGUGAAAGUCCUAUUAAACGAGUUUUUACACCUGUUUGUAUUAGUGAAAAGGAACUCUUGCACAUCACUGUUGUAACGCUAAAACAUCUUCCUCAACAGAUUCUUGGUUGUCCACUUUGUCUAGAUUCAACUUACUUAACGAAUAAAGAUAGCUUCACUAUGCUUAGUCGUGCUAGAUGUCAUUCACCUGAAACUCUUAUAGACUUGAAUGUUUGUAAAAAGAACACUGCACUUGUUUCGCACAUAACCUACGGGAAGCCCAAUGUUCAUCCGCCAAACUUUCUUAACUUACCUAAAUGCUCUUCAAACGAAGAAGUUGUCAGAAGUCCUAUUGUUGUCAUGGCAGAUACAGAAGAAAGGUUUAUGCAGUCUACGUUUGAUAACCCCUUUUACAACAUUCUACCACCCUGCUCUUCUUGGGAUUGUACCGAAUCAGGUCACUCGACUUUAACAAAAAAGUCAUCUCGUUUAACUGAAUCCAAUAGAAUAUGCCAGAUUCCUCUAGAGUCACCUCCCCGUAAACAGCAACGUAUCAGUUGUUACGCUCAUGAACUUACUUCCGAAACAAAAGAUUCAGAUGACUCCAAUGAACUGCCCUCUUCCGUCACCCCUACUAUAAACAAAACUCCAGGUGUUCAACGUGAAGGUUGUAUUAAUAAAGUAAUUGCAGAAUUCACGCUACUGAAUGUCGAACGUGAUCUAAUUAUGAACUCAGUUGACGAUUCAAAUAUUGGUUCAGUAUGUAUACCACCUGUUAACGCGUGUUUUUCUUCUUCCCUCGAUGUGCAUCGAGACUCCAUACAAUGUAGCCAACUCAGUUAUAGUACGGCUAAAAAACGUGACCACGCGUCUGAAUCUCAACUAAGCACAGAUUCGGAGGAUUCAGUGCUAUUAACAUCACCGAGUGCUAGUUCUCAGCCGGUGCCUAGACUAAGUAGGAGACGAAACGCUACUUCCGUCUCCGUCUGGCCUUCAUCAUCGUUUCACAAUGACGGCACUCCUUUCUUCAACCGUCGUACUGGAUUGCCUUUACAAUCAUCUCCGGUUCCUCUCAAAAGAAGUACAAGUGGGAAGUUUGAUUUCGAUUUAUCAUUGAAUCGUAUGAAAACAUCUAGAAGCUCUAUUUGUAUGGUAUACAAUCAUAAUUUGCAAAAUUCCAGUGAAAUCAAUACAGAUCCUGUUAAAGAACCUUCAUCAGGGAUAGAAUGUUUAAAAUCUAACAAAAAAUUUAAUAAUAAUGAUAAUAAAUCAUAUCAGACUAUGACAUCAUUUCGUCGACGACCAUCUAGUUUACGAUUUACAUCUGAAUAUCAAGAAAAAUCAUUUGAACGUAAUACUGUUAAUAGUUCUAUGAUUGACAAUUCUAAGAAUCGACAUACUACUGUAUCUGGAACAAGACGACGUAAUUAUCCUAUAGAAAUAGAUUCAAUUGAAUUAAGUUGUAGUGCACCACCAUCUGGUGAUCGUAGUUUUCAACCAUAUAAAACUAUAACAAAUCGUUUAGCAAAUACUAUGGCAUGUACACCAGUACCACAUGGUAGUUCACAACAUUUACUAGUUAAUUUUGAAGAAAGUAUGCUCAAUGGACGUAUACAUCCAAUUGGACAAGUUGAAGGUUUUUCAAUUGAAUUAGGCGCUAGUGGUUCAUUCUAUCCAAAUCAUAUACGUCUUCCAAUAAAAGCAUAUUUUUUUAAUUUAUCUGAUGAUAAUGCACCAUCACCAUAUUUAGGUUAUGCUGAUUUAAAACAAUUACCUAAUAAUAAAGGUUAUCAUAUACCAAAGAAAGGUUCUAUUCAAUUAACUUUAUUCAAUCCAACUGGUCUUGUUGUAAAAAUGUUUGUUAUUGUAUAUGAUUUAGUUGAUAUGCCACCAAAUUGUCAAACAUUUUUAAGACAACGUACUGUUUAUAUGCCAAUUCAACAACAUCAUUCAUUUCAUCAUUCAUCUUAUAUCCUUUCUAAUUCUACACAUUCAUCACAAUCAACAUCUUCUAAUUGUCCGUCUAUUACAUCAAUGAUAAAUACAAAUGGAUCCACUAAUAAUAAUAAUAAUAAUAAUAAUAAUAAUAAUAAUAAUAAUAAUAAUACCGUAUCCAAUUGUACUACAGAUCAUUUAUGGAAUAGAUCAUCUAAAUCAUUCACUGAACCAAAUACACCAUCAUUUCUAUCAUAUUCAUCAUUAUCUUCAUCAUCAUGUUCAUGUUCUUCUAUGACAUCAAUUGGUUCAUUAAGUUCAUAUGGUUCACAGAAUGCUGUUAAUAAUAAUACUACUACUUCUACUUCUACUGCUACUACUACUAAUACUACUGGUUAUACUGGUGUAUCAUUGAAUACACGUAAUGAAUUACCUGCCUACUUACGAUAUCUAGUUCAUUUAAGAUUUCAUACAACUCGUUCAGGUAAAUUAUAUCUUCAUACAGAUUUACGUUUAAUAUUUUCACGUGAUAAAUUUGAAUUUGAUCCACGUAUAGCAACAUAUGAAUUACGUUCAUUUAUUGAUGCUCCAUCAAAUCCACGUUAUUCUCCUAAAAAAUGGUCAACACGUCAUCAUAAAUCAAUUCAUCAUUGAUAUAUUACAUAAUACAAGAAAUGAUUCAAUGAAUGUUGCCUCAUUUUUUUUUUGUUUUUUCGUUUUCCAUGAAUCAAUUCCAAUUUAAGAUGAUUAAACAUUCAUUCAAUGAUUUACUUAUUUUCAUAAACAUAUACAAGUAUCAAUAAUUAUAUCUAUAUAUCUCCCUCUCUCUCUAUAUAUAUAUAUAUAUAUAUAUAUAUACCCCCCUCCUUGACAUCUAUGUUUGUUAAUAUUGUUUAAGUAUUUGUUCAUGUGCAUGAGCUUCAGUUCUCCGUUUUUUUUUUGUUUUUUUGGUGUUUAUUUUCUUACUGUGAUAUUAUCUCCUUGGGUUAUUGAUGUAUACCCACUCACCCACGUAUAUAUAUACAUUGCUUUUUACUUUUCUCUCUAUUCUUUAAUAUACUAACUAUAUAUCACUACAUAGUUGUGCAUUUUGUUUUCUUUUUUGUGCCUAUAUAUUCAGUCGUUACGGUUAAACUGAAUACUAUUAUUACUACUACUACUACUAUAAUGGUAUGGGUUACUUAUAUCCAUAUUAGUAGUAUAAAACGGUAGUGAGGCAUAGAAUGUAUAUCAGUAGAAGAUCAAUAAGGGAAAGAACAAAUAAAAAAAAUGGAACUCAAUUCAUAUGAAUAUACAUAAGUAAUGAAAUCUGAGAUAAUGGAUUAAUAUUUGGCAAAUUAACUAUUUACGAUAUACUUCUUAGAUUUUAGUGAAAUACUUCUGUAAUUUUGUGUUCCAGAUACAUUCGAUUGUCCCUACUAGUGUUUACGUUCAUUACACUAAUACUAAUACUACCACUACUCUAUUGGUUUAUUAUUAUCUUUCUGACUAUCGUUUAUCCAUCCAUUCAUCCAUCUAUUCAUCAUUUUGGUUAGUUUGGGAGAAUAUUCACCUUUUUACUGUGUGUGUGUUUGUGUUUUGUUUCUCUCUCUCACUCUCUCUAAAUAUUCCACAUGUUGAUGAAUUCCAUACAGAUCCAUAUAAUUUAAUAUAAAGCUACAAAAUCCUUUAUGAAUAAGAAUUCAAUAACAUGCCAUUGUCUAUGUACGAGUGAAUAAUUCAUUUCUUAUAAUAUUGGAUAGGAAUGGAUUGACAAUGUAUAUACUACUAUUCUUAUCAUUUAUAUUACCCUGGAUAUUGUUAUUAUAACUUACCAUUUCGUACUACUUCAAUGCGUUAGUUAUUUGUACACACUUGAGCAUAUAUACCCCUCUGAUAAUAUUUGCCAUUUAGUAUCAUAGUAUCUAUGCACACACACACACACAUGCAGUGCUAGUCAGUGAUGUUGACUUGAUUUUAUGAUUACUUCUAUUAUCAUUCAUCACUUAGUGAUUAGUUACAAACUCGUUUUUUUGUUGUUGUUGUUGUCGUUACUGCUGUUUAUUUCUCCAUUUCUUUUGUUUGUUUGAUUUUACUUCUAAAGAUUGGUUGUUUUGUUUCUUGAAAUGUCUUUCUAUAUUAGUUGACUUGUUAUCCAUUCAUCCAUCCAUCCUAUUUUGGCAAAGGAUUAAUGUUUUUUUCGGUUUCUUUAAUAGUUUUAUUUUCAUAGUUGUGUCUUUCAUCAUUUGUAAAUUGUUUGAAUAGAAUAGAUGAAAUGUUUUUUUUUUAUAAACUGUGUAUGUAUUACUCUUAUUCAUUCCCAACUGAAUCACUUAUACAAGUAGUACAUUACGCACACAGAUUCCAUACUAAAUGUAUUCAUAAUAAUAACAUUACUUACCGCCUUUUUUGUUUCUCCUCUCCCAAUCGUGUAAUGUUUCAUAGUUGUGAAGGAUGUAUGGUGAUGGUGAAGAUGACGAUGACGAUGAUGAUAUGUUUACCUAGUGAUUAGUACUUACCCUCUAUUUUUGUUUCUCUUCUACCAAUCGUGUAAUGUUUCAUGGUUGUCAAGGGUGUAUGGUGAUGAUAAUGAUGAUCAUAUCUUUACCUAGUGAUUAGUACUUACCCUCUAUUUUUGUUUUUCUUCUGCCAAUCGUAUAAUGUUUCAUAGUUGUGAAAGGUGUAUGGUGAUAAUGAAGAUGAUGAUCAUAUCUUUACCUAGUGAUUAAUAAAUAAUACUCAUUAUAUUGAUCAAUAAAUUAUUGAAUUAUGAUCAUCUAUGAUACACUAGUAACAUGAUAUUAUAACAGAAGAUAAGUUCAACACGUACAAACAUAUAUAUGGAUCUAUUGACAAGAAUUGAUUUUUACAAUCAAUUUUACAGACUAUUCCUUGUUUACAUACCUCUAUCUCUUUAUAUAUGUUUGGAUAUAUAUAUAUAUAUAUAUAUA